GUAUCGGACUGCUUUGAUCUGAGUGACGAGUUGUAAAGCCACGAGCGAUCAGACGACUGGGAUAAAAUCAACAGCGAAUAAUCUCCUUGCACCUGUUUAUGACCGUGUGUGCGCGAGCAAGGUGAUUGAUUCAGGUAAAAUUCAGACGCAUCUCCGACGCAAGCGUCUAACGUUAGUCAACACUGGCAUGAAAGUAUAGCUGUGGAUGGAGUGAUAACGCACGGAUCGUUUCUCAACGUUGAGCGACGACGACGCAAAGUUACAUUUCGGUAAACAAUGAAUGGUGCAGUUGUUACGCCUUCUGAACUAUGACGCGAUACUUGAAUACGUCAAGCUACGGUUUAAGACAAGGAUCCUGUGUUAACGUAAUUCUCGCUACUACCAUGGCCGUCUAGAGAAAGCAUCGAAGAUAAAAGAUCGAGAAUAAUAUUGCCUGUUGAAUACUGCGACCUUGUGAGUCCGUGCGUCAGGAACUUAGCCAUCAGUACCCGGCAUAAAUUCGAGGGCUAAAAAGGCCAACAACAUCGGCAGUUGUUGUUUUCUUCGCUUUUAUUUUGUGAUCGUUCUAUGCACUCUUCUAUAUGCGGUGGCAUUUUUUGCUGUGUCUCAACACUCAUGUACUUGUGAUUUGUUCCAUUCUUGCGAAUGUGAUAAAUGUGCCACGAUUCCUUCUCACGAACAGGUCCCGCCAUCUCUAAGCGUUGAACCACACUGUCAUCAACACGCGAGCGAAAAGUGACUAAUCAGAGCUUGUGGCCAACUGUUUUUCCUAUUAUAGGAAACAUGUAAAGUGGUUUCCAUUAGGAGUCAUCAGCAUUACGCUUGUGAAGCUAUACUAUCUGCUUCGGUUAUUUAGUUCAUAUCAAGCUUCCUGUCGUAUCGAUCUAAGCCUUCUCUUUCUAAAAGGGCUGCUGUGCAGAUCUAAAAAUCGAUGCUAAAAAAAAUUUCUGCAGAUCCCGCUAUUCGGACUGAUUUAAUAGAAAAAAACUUUGCAGAUGACGCUUAUCUAUCCUCAGAAGACUACCCUCAUAUCGAUCGUUGUAUGUCGUUUUGGCUCUUGGUUCAGAAGUCGUUGAUGAACAAUAAUCACUUCAUUUCAGCCAUCCCCAGAUUACCAGGGUAUAGACGUUGCAUACUCAAUGGUGUUGAGCUGUCGUCAGCGGCGCUUACGGUCGUACGUCAUUUCAUUAGAGCGUUUAUUGGUUAGCUAAAAAAGGCGACACCUAAAACAAUUUCAGCUAAAACGGAUACAUAAAAGAUGUUCUUAUCAGCUAGCUUGCGUUACUAACAACGUCGUUUAACACACAGACUGUUAGAAAAGGACAACAAGCCUGCAGGACGAGUACCGAAUCGCAUGAAAGCAACUGCUAACCGUACAGCGCGUGUUUUCGAGUGAGCGCCAGCGUUAAGUGCAUCGCUUUAACCAGUAUCGUUGCGCGACCGCGCCAUUUCAACAAGCGUUGGCAGCUAAUUUCACUAUUUCAACUACGAGGUUAUAAUGCUGUGUGUUUAAGCUCAACAACCAAACGCUGGGGUUCCACUGACGAUGAGGCAUAUUCGUUAUCUACUCUCGGUAGCGAUGCAAUCUAUCGGAUUCGUUUAUCCGACCGUCUGUCCGACCAGGAACAAUUGUCAAUUUCUGAGUUCUGCAUUUCGUAGUUUGAACUUUCCAUACCUGAUUGAUAUCCACGCAUCUCGAAAGUGAUUUCUUUCUGUGUUCUCAUCGUAACUCCGCUACGAAGACAAGAGGGUUCCUCUCGUUUGUAGCAAUCCUCAUGUGCCGUUUCAGCUUAGCACGAGAGACACGAACAGAGAGUAACUUUGAUCAAGAUCGCGCGAACGCGCAUAAAAACGACGCUUCAAUUUUAGGAGAAAGCAUCAAGACGUCUUCACAGAGGACAGAGUCAUGCUCCAGCAAUCGAGGCUGCGUGUGUGUUCUAUCUUCCAACCGGAUUACUCUAUUAGCGCUGUCAGUGAUGAACGAGAAGGUCUAGAGAACUGAGUGAGCUCGUGAAUCUUAUGGAGUUCUAGUUGCUCUGCAUUGACGCAUGUUGUAUUCAGAGAGAGGACGAGUCUGAGUCACCCCUACCAUCACUCUUGCUGCUUUUGAAUUCAGAGACCUUUGCGUCACAAGACAGUCCGGCAGGCUCGGAAACGAUUUUGUAGCGAACGAAGCAUCGCCUAGGUUGAGGCGAAGAAGAAUCGAUAGACGCAAAGCCUAUGAGAAACCGAUAAACACCAGCAGCACAUAAGCAAAAAGAAAAGUUAUACGUAGCUCAUACCGCUCUUUGUUGAAACGGAUCAAAAACCUAGGCGAAACGCGAGGAAGCGCCUACAAAUCCGCUGAAAUCAGAGGCCAAAGCUGCCACAAGAAGAAAAAUUCACAAGAACUUGCACAAAUUGAUAGCCAGGAAAAAUUACAGUACACUUAGGGAGCUGCAACUCAUCCGCACGCUCCGAAAGCUAGCAAAGGUGGGAGUUGAGGUGUGUCUAUUGCUUCUCUUUUUCUAUCGCUGUCAUUGUCGUCGGUGCGGACAUCUCUUACUGUUCCCUAGACGACGCUCAAGAUGCCGUUUUUACGUCCACGCCCAAUCCGACAACAAAGCGACUAAUAGAACGGGGUAGGAUAAUCAAAGGACGUCGAGCAAGAUCGAGAUACUUUAAUGCAAGAAGAUCUUACAGGGGUGACGACAACUUACUCGAUUUCUUCAUUUCCCUCAAAAUCACAUCUAUCUCUGUUUGUGCGCUGCAGCUGCGACCCGACAGAAAAACAGAAAACGCGUAGAUACAGAAGUACUAAAUAGAAAAGGAGAGCGGAACUAAUAAAUUACAAGGAGGCCGAAGAAGUGAGUAAAAUUGUGCAGGUUUCCACAGAGCGUCCACAAGGGCCAAGGUUAACGAAAUGACCUUCACGAUGAAUCAGCUGGCAGCCGUCGCCCUCAACACGACGGUGAGCCGGUGUUUGAAAGCCCUCAAUGAUUCGCUAUCAACAACGUCACCUGCCGCCGAAGUACCAGCCGAUUGCGUAUCGUUGUUUGACAACGUCACCAGCGCUGAUGGCAACAUCACGGACUUGACAAGUCUUGGCAACUCAAGCUUUCCCGGCUAUGUUGAGGGUGGAUCAAGUCUGACAUUUCUUCUGCCAAUGUGGCAGCAGGUAACGUUCAUCAUGUGCUUUUCAUUAAUAGUGUUCGCAGGAAUACUCGGCAAUGCGAUCGUUAUCUGGAUUGUACUCGCCCAUCAGAGAAUGCGAACGGUGACAAACUAUUUUCUAGUGAAUCUAUCAGUGGCUGACCUGACGACGGCCAUGUUCAAUGUGAUUUUUAACGCCGUGUUUAUGAUGCAUUCGCAUUGGCCGUUCGGCGCAUUGUACUGUCGAAUUACCAAUUUUAUUUCGUUAUUAACAGUGACCUCGUCCGUCUUCACAAUUAAGGCGAUGAGUAUUGAUAGAUGCAUCGCGAUUUACAACCCACUAUCGCAUCGGUUAUCACGUAGAUGUGCUCUAAUUAUUGUAGCAUUAAUAUGGCUUGUUAGUUGCGUCAUUGCGCUACCAGGGUAUGCGUUCGCCCAGACGCGAAGUUAUGAAGAUCGCAUCGUUUGUUCACUGAGUUGGCCGGAGCUCGGCGGAGUCAAUCCGAGUCAAGUUGACUUCAUUUACAAUGUCGUGUUUAUGAUCGCCACGUAUUUUGUGCCAAUGGUCACGAUUGCUAUUGCCUAUUCAAUUAUGGGCCACGUGCUCUGGCGGAGCAAAGGUAUCGGGGAGCAGACCGAGCGGCAGAAGGAGGCCAUACGAUCCAAACAACGGGUGGUCCGUAUGCUUGUUGUCGUUGUGAUGAUCUUCGGAGUGUGCUGGCUCCCUUACCAUCUUUACUUCAUCUACACGUACCUCGAUCCGGAUGUGACGUACACAACAUGGGCGCAGCCCUUAUACCUAGUCAUCUAUUGGCUGGCCAUGUCCAACUGCAUGUAUAAUCCAUUUAUCUACUACUGGAUGAAUUCUAGAUUUCGUGGAUAUUUCCGUUACGUGUUAUGCUAUUGCUGCAAUCUUGGUAGUGGACUUGGCCACAAGUGCAGUGAAGUUGAUCGACUUCAGAGCGACUGGACGUUCAACAAUAAUUCGCCGCAUCGACGCACUCUGAAAAGUACGGCCGGAACCGAGUGUCUCGUCCUUACGACUCCACCGAACAAUCGGAAUGCCACCGGGAGCCAGCAAAAACACCCGCACAGCCACAAGAACGGCAGCUGGCAGGCACAAGUCCACCUUCAGUCACAGCGAAGAAACCAAGGAAGCCUCCUGCGCCACGUCGCUGUACAACAAACGUCCUCAGUCGACGGCUCAAAACUGCUCCAAAUGCAACAAGAUCAACAGCAGCAGACUCUACUUCAGAAACAACAUUCAACCAUUCCACAACAGCCGAGCGACGAACAUUAGAAGAAAGAACGGGACUGCGAUGAGGUCGUGGAACUUGAGUGGCCCGUUCUGCUUAUCUCGUUCAUACAAACUCUGGGGAACUAAUGAUGAUAUUGCACUAAUCGUUAGUAUUCUAACUUGGACGAGACAGGCUAAAGGAAGGUACUCUACAGGUGGUGUCGAGGGUCUGCUGGAUCAUCUGCCACGUGUAUAUAUGUUACGUGCGGAUAGUUUGGCGGGAUGAAGACGAUACGCGGCGAAGUGUACGUCCCUGAUAGUUAUCAUUGUUGUAUGCAGGUAUCAUUACGUUGCAUAGGAAACUGUAGGUAGGGUACGUAACCGAGAUAAAACGGGACAGACAAUUUUUUUAGCGCGUGGUCCGAUAAGCCCCGCUACAACCUGUAGAAACGGUGCAGCAACGCAAAUGUUACGUAUAAUACGAAUGGAACAAGUACGUUUUCCUGUGGUUCAAACAGGGAAAACCUGCCGUCAACGUAGGGAACAGCCGCGCAUAGUAUAUCUAGAGAACAAAAAUAAGUUAAAUAUAAAUAAAGUUUGAUAACAAUAUACCUGAGUUCUCGAUAGCCGAUUCGUGCUGCCUGACGAUCUAAGGAAUGACUUAAAUGACAAAGCGCGGGAAAGAGCGACUGCUUCUAGGAAAAGUCGUACAUGCGUGGCUGUCUGACCAUCUGAGAAGUUUUCUAAACAAUUAGGUGCGUUUGAUUGCCAAAAAGUUAAACGGGUCAAUGGUAUAUACUAUAUUACCUAGCAUGUACGGCAAAAUAGAUAAUGUUGACGUUAUAACAAUGGAUGAUCACGACGACACGUAUUCGUAUAUAUAUCUAUAAGUGUAAAAUUUAUUGGCAACAGACAACGGGGCCAGUACAUCAAACACCGAAUAUUGGGAUAGCAAGUUGACAAAUAGUGGCUGUCAAAAGAGUUCGAUAAGUUGCAUGCUAUUAUAUAAUAUAAUAGAUCUGUAAUAUAAUACUGCGUGCAUGAUAUGUGGAAGCCUGAAAAACUAAGGCACGUACGCUUAUAGUUAUUUCCGUGUUUAUUGCUUACCGCCCUCGAAUACUGUCAAAAUGGCUCGUCUUGUAAUCACUGCGCGUAAUAAAUAAAAACAAAUCGAGUUUGCUCUGUGUUCCUAUUGACAUAUACGUA